GCGCGUCACACAUCGACGACAGUCGACGUGCGCUUUGUGUGCUUGGGCCUUCGCGCGCUGCUGCUGCACACCCGGUUCCUGCAAGAGGUGCAACGCGCAGCACCGACACCGACUAUGGCAGUGUUAACGGCCUUGGCACAGAGCACCACGGAUGCCAUGCUACCACUUCUCUUGGCAGCUGACCCGCGGCAGCUGCGAGAAAAGACAGAUAUCCUUGCUCUCGUCGAAGCGUCGCUCGUCUACUUGGUGCAAGCACCCAGCUUUGCGGAGCCGCUCUGCGCAUCGAUGCUAGCGUGCAUGGCGUCCCACUGUGCCUUGGCGCCAGCGGCCGCGGAUAAAGACCUGAGCCUCGACCGUUCCAUGAGCUCGACGGUCGUGCGCUUUCUUCCGUCGCUCGUGCAAACAAUGCCACCCACCGUGCUCGCUUCGCAGCUUCGCCACCUUGUGCUGCUCGUUAGUUCGUGGAUCGAGCCCAGCGACGACAGCUUGCGCUGGAUCAUUGUCGGUAUGGAUGAAGCUUAUGCACUCUUGCUCGAUACGCUUUUACUGCUCGCGGCGAGAAGCAGCGACGACUGGGACGAAGCGUCGCUCGAGCGCGCAGUUGAUGGAGCGCUGCGCUUGCUCGCGCACCCAAGUUGCAAUGCGUCGCAACGCGCCAAGAUACUGCACCUCAUGGAGCUCCUCGCCCCCCGUCUCUCGCCAUCUCGCCAUGCGCCGACGCUGAACGCGCUGCUCGAACCCCUCGGCAAUGCCAAAUCGGGUGCGGUCCAGGACACAGCGUGGGACUCAUGGGACGACGACGCACCCAAGACAGCCACCAGCGGACAAGACGCGAUCGAAAACGAGCGGGCGUUCUGGAAGCGCUUCCACGCAUCGCCGCUUGCAGGGACCAAUGUUGCCGCGGUCGUCGCGCAAGCGUGUACGGCCCAAGCGCAGGCGGCCCUCACGGCGUGGCUCAAGUGA